CAAAACAUGUCCAAGGAAGACUGUAAACUAGUGUAAGAUUUCUGUAAGAUAUAAGGAUAUGGCUUGCUGGGGUUAUUUAAAUAAAUGGACCAAAGUACAGUUUAUUACUCACACGUCAGUGUUUUCGCCAAGUAAAAGAAUCGUCCUCCAUCCACAGCAGAGAUGUGCUUUCCGUAAAGCGCAAAAGAAACCUGAGAGCAGAAAGGGGGUCCAUGAGGAGUCAGGUCGUCCCCCUGGGGAUGUGGCAGAGGCGGGGUUGUCAAAGAGAGAUGCCCCACAGCCCCCACUCCCUCCAGGGAUGCCUCCUAGGAACCCACGCAGGCUGAUCAAGCCUUUGAUGUUCACCAUUGGGUUUACAGGCUGCUCCUUUGGCGCGGCCGCCAUCUUGCAGUACGAAUCAGUGAAGUCACGCUUGGACAGUCUGUUGGAGGAGAAGGCGUCUGAGAAGAUGGACCAGUUCCAGACUCAUGACACAGCCCAUUGGCACAACUGGUGGAAUCAGCUGAGCGACUUUCAGCGACAGGUGAUCUUGUUAAUGUCUAUGGUGGACGACAUGUGGAGCUCGCUGAGUGAAGGCCAGAAGGUGGCCACAGGCAUCAUUGCCGUAAAUGCUGCAGUGCUGUGCUGCUGGAGGGUUCCGUCAUUACAGCGUUCUAUGCUGAAGUAUUUCACCUCAAACCCAGCCUCCAAGACCCGGUGCCUUCCCAUGGUCCUCUCCUCCUUCAGCCACUAUUCUAUUGUUCACAUGGUCAUCAACAUGUAUGUGCUCUGGACCUUCUCAACCAGCAUCGUCUCCGUGCUUGGCAAGGAGCAGUUCCUAGCCUUCUACACAUCUGCAGGUGUAAUUUCCACUAUGGUGAGCUACAUGUCCAAGACUGCAACGGGGCGCCUGCAUCCCUCUCUUGGAGCUUCUGGCGCCAUUAUGACCGUUCUGGCUGCUGUCUGCACCAAGAUGCCGGAGGCCAAGUUAGGCAUCGUCCUGUUGCCCAUGCUCUCAUUAACUGCAGGCAAUGCCCUGAAAGCUCUGGUUGCCAUAGACACAGCUGGCCUUUUCCUGCGCUGGAGGAUAUUUGACCACGCAGCCCAUCUGGGAGGAACACUGUUUGGAGUGUGGUACAUAGCAUACGGUCAGGAGCUGAUCUGGAAGAGCAGGGAGCCCCUGGUGAAGUUCUGGCACGAGCUAAGAAGAGAGAUGUCUGGCGGCGGCAGAGGCCCUCCCAGAGAUGGACGCAGAGGUGGUGGGGGGAACGGAGGCGGCCAAUCCUAGUGACCCAGGACCUCCAGAACCCACUGCACAACUUCAAGUGCUCUAGAAUGCCUUUUUUUAAAUCAUGUAUUCUAAACAGCAAUACUUCAGGACAUCUGACUAUGAAAUUCACAGACCUCACUUGUCAUGGGUGUACAGAGUUAUGGCUGUUGCAGUAGCACCCCAUGAAUGUUUUAGGUGUAUGAGAGUGCAAUGAGUGAGUGAGUUAGUGAAUGAAUGAAUGAAUGAAUGAAUGAAUGAGUGAGUGAGUGAAUGGAAGCCAUUGUGUUUGAAUGACAGUAGCACUGUAUGUGAGAAUCUGAAAUAGUUAACAUCAUCUUAAGAAGCCCGAUUAGCUGUCCCUGGGAUUGUUGUUGGAUGGUGGUGGAGUCUUACUGUAGACCCUGCUCACCCACUUCCUGCGGAAGUUCAUGUGGUGGGAGUAGCACGGACACAACAGGACAUUGAAUGUCCUCCACUCCUCACACACGGAUACUUAUUGUGUCUGACACUGCUGUUUGUUGAAUGCCACCAGCAUUUCAGUGGUUAAUGUGUGUGAGUAUACAGUACAUACAGAUCAGUGACUUGAGCUCUGGCACUUUUUCUGCCAGGUAGAACAGUUUUGGGGAAGAGAAAUGGACAUAUUAUACAUUUAAAUAAUGUUUUUAUUUUUUAAUUAUUUAUUCUAGAUCGUGUAAUAUGUGAUCAGUGAUUGAACCCUUGUUCUGGCCCAAGUCUCAUUGAAGUACAGUGUAUUAAAACAUCAUACUUUCUAUGA